UUAGGGUAUAUAUAUCAAUCAUCAUCAACAGCGGCGGCGGGGAAGACAUCAUGGCGCGGCUGACGGUGGAGCAGGCGGCGCGGGACGCCGGCAGCGGGGCCACGGCGCUCGACCUCUCCCACCGCACCUUCUCCGACGUGUCGUGCCUGGGAAGCUUCAAGAGCCUGGAGCGCCUUGACCUCGGCUACAACUGCCUCGUCACCCUCGAGGGUUUGUCUUCCUGUGUCAAUCUGAAGUGGCUUUCGGUUAUCGAAAACAAGCUUGUGAGCUUAAAAGGCGUUGAAGGCCUCACAAAGCUGCAGGUUCUUAAUGCUGGCAAGAAUAAACUUACAAAAAUCGAUGAGGUCAAAUCUUUGACGACCCUGGGAGCGUUGAUUCUGAAUGAUAACAACAUUUCUGCAAUCUGCAAGCUUGAUCGCCAUCAUCAAUUGAAUACUCUUGUUCUCUCUAAGAAUCCAGUUGGUACUAUUGGUGAUUCUUUGGUCAAUGCGAAAUCUUUGAAAAAGCUAUCCAUGUCUCACUGUCAAAUAGAAGAUAUUGGAUCUUCUCUUGUUGCAUGUGUGGAAUUGAAGGAACUUAGGCUUGCUCACAACAAGAUCAGUAAGAUUCCAUCUGACUUGGCCAAAAAUGUCAAAAUCUUGAACCUUGAUUUGGGAAAUAACUUAAUUGAGAGGGUAUCAGAUUUGAAGGCCCUUGCAGAACUACGCUUCUUGAGGAACCUAAAUUUGCAGGGAAAUCCUAUUGCUGAGAAAGACAGCCUAGUCAAAAAGGUUAUGAAAACUGUACCUACUUUGCGCAUAUUCAACGCAAAGCCCAUAGAAGCCAGCUCCCAGACUGAUAACUCUAGGAAAGAGAGUAUGCAGAACAAGGAUGAGGGUAUGCCUGAUCAUGAUACCAUUGAGCCUAAUACAAAAAGGAAGGAUAAAACAAAACAGUCAAAACAAUUGAAGGGCUCUGAAGAACCUACAGCCCAAAAUACUCGCCCAGAUGUCACCAUUGCUUCCCCAAUCAAAUCUGGACAAUUAGAUGGUAAGAAAAAGAAAAAAGAUAAGGUAGUCAUGGACAUGGAGCAGGGCAAGAGCAGCAAACUGAAAAGCAAGGACGAUACACCCUCUCUCGAUGAUGCUGACAGAAAGGCCAAGGAAGUCAAGAGGAAGAAAUCUGCCGUCAAAGAAGAUAAAGACAUGGAUGGAAUCGAUGACACUGAAGUUUCGUUUGCAGAGUUGAUGUUUUCGAGAGAGGCCGGCGGUCCAGAGCCAGAGUUUAAGGACAAAAUCCAGGGAACUGCUCAGGAUAGGAAAUUUGUCGGAGGCCUGGUAAUCGAUCACACCAAGAAGAGGAAGAAGUCCAAAGGCACAGUUCUUGACGCUUCGGAUCUCAAGCUGUUAUGCUCUGUGCCUGAGGUCGGUGCGGGUGGACUGUCAGGAUGGGAUUAGCAGUGCGUAGUGACUGGUGAGCUUGAUAAAUGGUGAUGCUUGGUUGCUAGAAUUAUGUUGUAGGCUCUUGUUUCUUUCAACAGUUUUUGGCACCUGAGAUAUUGUUGUAACCUGACUUGAAAAUGUUAUUUGUUAAUUUUUGUGAAACCUGAGAUGACGAACUGCUUCCUUGA